AUGUACGCCAGGCACCUUGAGCUCCAAGCUCGGGUGAGGUACAUACGCAUGCGUAGCGCGUCUGCAUCUAGUAGAGAGCUCUCAGGGAGCUCUCCACUCUCCAGUAUCGGCAGCGAUUUGUUAUCUUGCCGGCUCAGAUAA